AUGGCGUCCUCUGACGGCGACGGCGAGAACUCUUCGGAAGACGCGGUGGAGGACCGCGGCCACCGCCGGCUGCACCUGCCGUCCUCGGACGAGGAAGACGACGACCUGCUGCCGGGGCGCUUCGUGUUCUGGUCGGCCGAGCGCAGGCAGCGCAGGGCCUUCAGGGGCAGCCGGCACCGGCGCCUGCCGACCGCCGUCGCGUCCGCCGUCGCGGCCAGCGGCGACGCCGUGGAGCAGGUCGACGACGACGGGGAGCAGGAGGACGAGGAGGAAGAGGACGAGGAGGAGGACCAGGCCGAGGGCAGCGAUAGCGACGCGGUGCAGCAGGCUCCUCCCCUGGAACUGCCCGACUGCACUCCACAGCAGCCAGCACCGCCACCACUCCAACCAGAGCCACCACAGCAGGAGGGCCUGGUGGGCUCGCUGCUGGAGAUCCUGGAGUGCCCCGUCUGCUACGAGGCCAUGCGACCGCCCAUCUGGCAGUGCCCACGCGGCCACCUGGUGUGCAAAGACUGCGAGCCC